CAUUAUUUCAAUUAUUGGAAAGUUUAUAACCUCUACAUAAACUUUCAAGGUUCUUCGUGACUUGCAUAGACUACACGGAGGCUACACACUACACAGUAGUAGUACACUUCAAAGUACAAAUUGUGCCUAGUGCCAAUAACUUUUUAUCCUUUUAGAAAUAUAAUAACUUCAUAUUCCUGUAACUUUAAAACUACUUUUGUAAGUUUUGAAAGCCGAAGAAACUAUUAUAAAAAUGGCCCAACCAAAAGCAGACAUUGCUCUCAUUGGGCUGGCAGUGAUGGGGCAGAAUUUAAUUUUGAACAUGGAUUCUAAAGGAUUUGUUGUUUGCGCUUUCAACAGAACUGUUGAGAAGGUCGACCAAUUUUUACAAAAUGAAGCGAAGGGUACAAAAAUUAUUGGAGCCAAAAGUCUUGAAGAUAUGGUCUCCAAGUUAAAGAAGCCAAGAAAAGUCAUGUUGUUAGUGAAAGCUGGAUCAGCUGUUGAUGAAUUCGUGAAGAAAUUGGUACCGCUACUAGAAAAGGGUGAUAUAAUUAUUGACGGUGGUAACUCUCAGUAUCUGGACACACAGAGGUGGUGUGAAGAGCUCGUACCCAGCGGCAUACAUUACAUCGGAAUGGGGGUGAGCGGUGGUGAAGACGGUGCUAGGUAUGGACCGUCUCUCAUGCCUGGUGGCCAUUCGGCAGCCUGGCAACACGUUAAACCAAUUUUUCAGGCUAUCAGUGCUAAAGUUAACGAUGAACCUUGCUGUGAUUGGGUCGGUGAGAAUGGUGCUGGACACUUCGUUAAAAUGGUCCACAACGGCAUUGAGUACGGGGACAUGCAGCUUAUAUGCGAAGCCUAUCAUCUCAUGAAGGAUGUACUCGGCAUGGAACAGGAUGAGAUGGCACAAGCUUUCGAUGAAUGGAACAAGGGUGAACUCGAUUCAUUCCUCAUUGAAAUUACCAGAGACAUAUUGAAGUUCAAGGACGCGGAUGGUAAAUACCUGCUUCCCAAGAUCCGUGAUGCUGCGGGGCAGAAGGGUACCGGCAAGUGGACCGGCAUCAGCGCUUUGGAAUACGGUGUUCCCGUCACUCUAAUAGGGGAGGCUGUGUUCGCGAGAUGCCUGUCCGCUUUGAAAGAUGAACGUGUGACAGCCAGUAAAUCGCUGCCGGGAUCGUCGAUCAAGUUCAGCGGGGACAAGAAACAGUUCUUGGAGCAUUUGCGGAAAGCGCUCUACGCUAGCAAAAUUAUAUCAUACGCCCAAGGCUUCAUGUUGCUGCGAGAAGCCGCUAAGGUACACAAAUGGAACCUGAAUUACGGUAGUAUAGCGCUGAUGUGGCGCGGAGGGUGCAUCAUCAGGAGCGUGUUCCUCGGCAACAUUAAGGACGCGUUCAAGAAGAACCCUCAGUUAUCGAACCUGUUGUUGGAUCCAUACUUCCGCGAUCGUAUCAGUGUGUCGCAGCAGUCGUUGCGACAAGUCGUGUCGGAGGCGGCCUUACUCGGAGUGCCCGCGCCCGCCUUCGGUGCCGCCCUGGCCUUCUACGACGGCUACAGAUCUGAUAUGCUGCCAGCUAAUUUGCUUCAGGCUCAAAGGGACUACUUCGGCGCUCAUACCUACGAACUGCUGUCGAAGCCGGGUAAUUUCGUUCACACCAAUUGGACUGGUCAUGGCGGCAAUGUGUCCGCGUCCACUUACAAUAACUAAUUAUUAUUUUUUUCACUUAUAUCCCUAUGUUCCAGUGUUAUAUGACAUUCCUCGACAUUCUGCAUUCCCAUCGCAUUAUGUUGAUAUAUAAUUAACAUGAUAUACAUAUAUAUAUUUUUUUACUGUUUUUGUGAUGUUUACAAAAUGUACACACCAUGUAUACGCCUUAAGUUUCAGUGAGCUAGAAACGCUGAUAUCGAUUCUUAAGGCGCUGAGAUAAUUUUAUUUUGUUACUGUUAUAUGUACUUAUACAGGGUGGUUUUGUAUAUGUAAAUUUUAUUAUGAUUAAAUCAUAUGUUAUAACAUCGGGAACAAUUUACUAUUUACUAUUUAUGUGAUUUUUUUUUUAAACUAUUAAAGCGCCAAUAAAAUGGGUCCGUAUGGA